AUGGCUACUGAGGUCAUCCAGUCCACAGAGGGCGUGAUGGAGGUCCUAUCGGAGGCCCAGUCCAGCAGUGCCAUCAGGGAGAGUUUCUCUGAGGUGAAGUCCUCAGAAAGCGUCUCCGAGCACUUCUCUGAGGUCCAAAUGACCUCGUCUUCAUCCUCCUCCUCUUCGGCGAUGUCAUCCUCCACCUCCUCGUCCUCCUCCACGGUCACCAAAGUCCGCAGAAUUUCCCAGACAUCCAAGGGCGGCGACGUGGUCCAGAGAAAGACGUCUGCCAUCGUGGAGUCCUACAGCCAGGUGCAGAAAUCCCCCAGCAUCCCUCCAGAGGAGUCCAUGCCAGACUUUGAGCUGAAGCCCCGUCCAAUCACAGCUCAGGAAGGAGACAAGAAGGUGUCUUUUAAAGGGAAGGUGACGGGGUCCCCGAAGCCCACAGUGACGUGGGCGAGAGAUAGCGGCAAGCCCCUAUCAGAGGGCACCACCACUUACUUUGACACCAUCAAUAAGCAGCAUGUUUUAAAGAUCAAACCCUUGUCUCUGGAGGAUGCUGAUGUCUACAAAUGCGUCGCUGCCAAUGAUCAUGGAGAUGCUGUGUAUGCCGUGUCCCUGGUGGUGACUGAGAGUAAGCGAGAAUCCAUGGACUUCAAGAAGAUGUUAAAGAAACGGAAUGUACAGACCCAGAGGAGAGAGGGGAGGAGGCCUCCCACUGAGGAGGAGAUGCUGAAGAUCCUGGCGGGAGCCGACAAGAAGGACUACGAGCGCAUCUGUGCCGAGCACGGCUUCACUGACUUCAGGGGCAUCCUGAAGAAGCUGAAGGAGCUGAAGAAGAGGGAGGAUGUGGAGAUGGUCAAGAUCCUGAAACCCUUGCAAGAUGUUAUAGCAAAGGCUGACUCCAAUGCCAUUUUUGAAACCAUGAUGGAACUGAAAGACCCGAACAUCAAGAUGCGCUGGUUUAAGGACGGAGAGUUGCUGCGGAUCCAGUACUCCCUGGGGAAGAACGAGGUGAAGCAGCUGGGGACCAAACACAUGCUGUGCAUCUCCAGCGUGAGCCUCAAAGACGCCGGCACCUACUCCCUGCAGGUCGGAGACAAGGCCCUCAAUGCCAAGCUCUCCGUCAUAGACGAGCCGUUGAAGUUUACGUCGGACCUGAAGCCCAUGCGCGUCACCGAGCGACAGACGGCCACGUUCGAGGUGCGCCUCUCCAAGAAGACCGACGCGCCGUUCGUGUGGAAGUGCAAGGACAAGGAGCUGAAGAGGGACGAGAAGUACGACAUGUCCGUGUCCGAGGAUGGCUUGACCUACACGCUGAGGGUCAAGGACGUCCGUCCAGGCGACACCGGAGACUACAACCUGUGCCUGGGCGACCUGACAGCCACUGCUCCCCUCUUCAUUGAAAGGAUUCCCAUCAAGUUCGCCAGCCACCUGAAGAACGUUCGCGUGAAGGAGAAAAGCAAAGCGCGCCUGGAGUGUGAGAUGAGCUCCAAGGACGUCCACGUCAAGUGGCUGAAGGACGGCCGUGACAUCAGCUGCAGCGCGCGCUACGUCUUCGUGCGCGAGGGCAAGCACGCCGAGCUGAUCGUCGAGGACUGCGACCUGGCGGACGGCGGCGAGUACAGCGUCGUGUGCACGCAGGACAACGAUGACCAGGAGUACGUCACCUCCGCCAACCUCACCGUGGACGAGAGGUUUGCCUCAGUGACGAGUGGCCUGUCGGACCUGCAGUGUCCCACGGGUUCAGGGGCCGAGCUGUGUGUGGUUCUGAAUGAUGAGAAGGUGGACGGAGUUUGGCUUAAGGAUGGGAAAGAGGUAAGGAGGCUGAGCGGGGUGCAGGUGGUGAAGCAGGGCGCCGUGCACAAGCUGCUCUUCGGCGGCGUGGGCGGCGGGCACGAGGGCAGGUACACCUUCAGGGCCAACGGGGCCGAGAGCGAGGCCACGCUGACCAUCGCAGAUCCUCCGGUCAUCGACCCCACCAUGCUGGAGGUGCUGUCCAGCCAGCCGGUGACGGUGAAGGCCGGGCAGACGGCCACCAUCAAGAUCCCCUUCCGGGGCAGGCCGGCGCCGCGCGUCAGCUGGUACAAGGACGGCAUGGAGGUGACGGAGGACGCGCGCACGACGGUGGAGCGCGGCGCCGACCAGAGCACCCUUACGCUGUGCCACUGCGUCAGAGAGGACAGCGGCGCCGUCAUGCUCAAGCUCAAGAGCGACUGUGGCACGGCCAUCGCCAACCUGCACCUCAACGUGGUGGACCACCCAAAGCCUCCUCAGAAGCUGGACGUCCUGGAGAACUCGGCCAAGUGCGUCACCCUGAAGUGGAAGGCCCCGCGAGACAACGGGGGCACGCCGGUCACGGGCUUCGUGAUCGAGAGGCGCCCGGCGGGCAAGAACUCCUGGACCAAGGUGGGCGAGGUGGACAGUGGCACCACCAGCUUCUGCAACGACAAGGUGGAGGAGGGCAAGGCUUACCAGUACCGCAUCCGGGCGCUCAACUCUCAGGGCAUGAGCGAGCCCCUGCUCACUGAUGAGGUGUUUGCUGGGUCGCCAAUCGAGCCCCCAGGCAUGGCCUCUCAGCCUCAGGUUGCAGAUGUGACCAAGGAGGCCGUCACGGUGACCUGGGCCCCGCCCAGUCAGGAUGGAGGAGCAGCGGUCCUGGGCUACAUGCUGGAGAGGAGGAAGAAGGGAGGCAGCAUGUGGAUCCCCGUCAACAAGGAGCUGAUCCAGGACACCAAGUGCACGGCAGAUGGUCUGACAGAGGGGACGGAGUACGAGUUCAGAGUGACCGCGGUCAACAGAGCAGGAACUGGGACUCCCAGCAUCGCCACCAACCCAGUGCUGGCCAAGGACCCCAUCCGCGCCCCUGGUCUGAUGUCGGGCCUGAAAACGACCGACUCCUCCUCCUCCUCCAUCUCUCUGGCCUGGUCUCCGCCCGAGCAGGGCGACGCCCCCUCAGGCUACAUCCUGGAGCUGCGCUCGGACGACGCCAAGGAGUGGACCAAGUGCACCAAGAUCCCCGUCGUGGGCACCAGCUACUGCGUGGGCGGCCUGCAGGAGCGCAUGAAGUACUUCUUCCGCAUCCGCGCCGUCAACGAGGGCGGCGUCGGGGAGCCCACGGAGCUCGAGCAGGGAGUCCUCGCUCUGCCCCCACCAGCUCCUCCCAGGUUUGAUCUGCAGGGGAAGGUGAAGCACCGUAUUGAGUUGAGGGCAGGAGCUACUCUCUGUAUCCCCGUCUCCUUCACAGGGUCACCCCCUCCUGAGGUCACCUGGCUGAAGGAUGGCGUGCCCACCAGUGGCCGAGAGGUCAUCACCAAGGGCAACAAGCACUCGCAGUUCCUCGUCGCCUCGUCUCGCCGCUCCGACUCGGGCGUCUACCGCGUCAACCUGCGCAACGAGCACGGAGAGGUCAACUACGACAUCAACGUCCAGGUCAAAGACUUCCCGCGGCCUCCGCGGAACCUGCACCUGCUGGAGGAGGUUCCGAGCACGGUCACCCUCCUGUGGGAGCACACGCCGGACCUGGCCGAGGACCCCGACGCCCACUACGUCAUCCAGAAGCGCGACACCAGCACGGCCACCUGGUUCACCGCCGCCGAGCGCGUCUUCAGCAACAAGUACACCGUCACCGGCCUGCUGCCCGGACGCAAGUACUACUUCCGGGUCGUCGCGCACAACAGCAUCGGAGACAGUGACCCGCUCGACUCCAAGGAGCCGUUCAGCAUUGCCAAAGAGAAAGAGCCCUUCAGCCUGCACAGCAAGCCGUACGUGGCCGUGGAGCGCGCCGCCAAGCCCGCCUUCGUCCUGCCGCUCCGAGACCACGCGGCCCGGCGCGGGCACGACUGCACCAUGAGCUGCGCCUUCACGGGCCGCCCGGCGCCCGCCGCCGCCUGGUACCGCGGCGACGUCAAGGUGUCGGACGGGCCGCGCCUGUGGCAGAACACGCGGGACGGCGUGUGCACGCUCACCAUCCCCGCCUGCACGGCCAAGGACGGCGGAGAGUACACGCUGCGGCUGGAGAACCCGCUGGGAGAGGCCAAGUGCAAGUGCAACCUGCUCAUCUUUGAUAAGGAUGACAAGAGUCUGCUGGAGAGUCUGACAGAAAGUUCUGGAAAAGCAAAGCACAUCAUGUAAGGAUAUUCAUAAGAAAAUCCUCCUUCAUAAGUUAUCCUUCAUAAUCACUCAUGUUUGUUUGUGGUUUCUGAUUCGUAAAAUCAUCUGAUUUUGUUGUAAACCAUGAAAUAAAAUUCUGAAAGGAAAUGUAUGUGGAACAGAAGAACC